CUCGUACUAAGCUCCGUCUGACCACCAUCAUUCAAUCAACUACAUCAUUUUACUGAACCACUCAAAUCAUUCCAAUACCAUCCAAACACCGACACCCGAUUUCUAUUGAUCAUGCCAAAGUCCCUCACCAAGGUUGUGUACAAGCCCGACACUCAGUCGACAGACGAGUUUACUGUCAUUGUUAAUCCAACAGAGUACAAGAAAUGGAAAGCAGGAGACAGAACGAUCCCUCUAGCUGAGGUAGUGGAUUCUUUCAAAGUGUUCUACUCCAAUCAAGGCGCACAGGGCAUUCUGGGUACGCCUUCAAAACAACAACUUGACACUGUCUUUGGCACGACAAAAGAUGUCGAUGUCAUGACGCAGAUUUUGGAGAAGGGGAAAGAUCAGCCUGGAAAUGGGUUCACUUCUGGAACGGCGUCCACAAAUGUCGCACGCGGAAGCUUCACCAUCGACAACAAGGGCAAGGGGAUGUCAGGGAUAUAA